AUGCAGUUAGAUCUCAUGGACUAUAUCGAAGAAACACACAGAAUUGGUAGAUAUAGCAAUAAAAAUCGACCACUAGCUAUUGAGCUAAUAAGCAAACGAAUGGCUAAGCAUAUAAAAGAUAACAACCACUACUUCCAGGGAACUAUAUCUGAAUUUCAUGAUGAAAAUGCACAAAAAGAAAGACUCCAAAUGCGCGACGAAAUGCUUAACGCUCGAAGGAAAGGAAUGCACGCAGUAAUCCGAAAUAACCAACUCAUCAUAGAAGGAAAACGAAUAAACAUCACAAAUGAAGCAUCAAAAUCUCAACCUGAAAACGGAAAGCCAAAUUACAUAGAGCCCCACGGUAGUAACUAUACAUAUCAUGAACAACAACACAACAAUUCGGAGAAUGAAAGUUACACACGAAAACAAAGAUACACACAUUAA